CAUGAGCAACAGUAAUAUGCUGUGCACCUGAGGAAUUCUUGUAAGCUGUAUCACUCUCUUGUUAUGUAAAUGGGCGACUUGACUACAUUUACUACACUGAGGAUCACAUGAAAAAGGUUGAGCACAGGCAUACAGCAGGUUGAAAUGAUGGGGGAGGGGGAGGAACAUGGGAAGCACAUAUAAAAGCAGCUGUGGGAGGCUCAAUGCAACAACAACAAGUCAGCGCAGCUAAACCAUCCUAUUUCCAAACCCUCCGCACGUAAAGACAAAAACACAAUGGCAGAUGAUAGCUUCAAGGCCGAGUUCCUGCAGACCCACAAUGAGUUGCGGGCCAAGCACGGCGUGCCAGCCCUGACCAUGAGCGAUGCCCUGUGCAAGUCUGCUCAGGCCUGGGCCGACCAUCUGAAGAGCACCAACAAGAACAGCAGCAAGAUAAACCUCCAGCACAGCAAAACCAAGAACGGAGAGAACCUCUACUUCUCCUCCAGCUCUGCAACCGUCAAACUAACCGGAAAAGAGGCAGUUGAGGUCUGGUACCGCGAGAUCAAGGAUUACAAUUUUAGUAAGCCUGGUUUUGGAUUUAACACAGGCCACUUUACCCAAGUUGUGUGGAAGUCUUCGACUGAAGUUGGUGUGGGUAUUGCCAUGGUUGAAAACGCAGUCUUUGUCGUAGGCCAGUACAGUCCUGCAGGAAAUAUAGCCACCGAUGACCACUUUGAGAAGAAUGUCCUGCCUGCAGCAGGUUGGUUUUCACGUUUGUGUUGCCGGUUAAAAUUGUCAAAAUGAAGAAUGGACUUCUGAUGUUUCUGUCAUUAUUAAAAAAAAAUCUGUCAAUGACUGAAAAUAUUCAUUUAACGCAACCUCUGCCUGCAGGUAAGCAUAGUACAUCAAUUGACCAUAGCUUUCUUUUAAAUCAAAUUGAAAGACCGAUCUAUUUUCUUUGGCCUUUAAUGUCCAUCAAUUAUCCCCUUGUUUGUUUAUUUAUCUUAUUUCUAUUUCUUUUCAGCAUU